GGUAUUUGACUUUCAACUAGGGGUUUUAGAAUUUAGAUUACCUUCUCUUCAAAAUCCUUCUGUUUCUCUUCUCUUCCGCUUCUUCACAGAAUCUCGGCAUCGACCCGGACAAAAUUACAUAAGAAAUGGGUGACAAAAAGAAGAAGACGUUUAUGUUCAUCCGACUUGUCUCGGCUGCUGGGACCGGAUUCUUCUAUGUGAAGAAGAAGAGUGCUAAGAAAGUUAUGGAGAAGCUGGAGUUUAGAAAGUAUGAUCCUCGUGUAAAUCGUCAUGUUCUGUUCACGGAAGCAAAAAUGAAAUGAGUUAACAAGACAAUGUACUAUUUCUGUUUCUAGUAGAUGAUCUAAGAAUCAAUCAGGACUAAAUAAAUAGAAUCAUGUGUUUGCUUAUGAAUCAUCAUUUCAUCUCUAUUCCAACUAUAGUUUUAAUUCUCACGGGUUAUGGCAAUGCAUAGUCAUUUCGACCUGGUAGGCGGAAAUUUUGAGAACUGAUGUGUUAAGCUGUGGGUUUGUAAAAUCACUGGAUCUUGAUGUUUGAGUAGUGAAUUUUGUGUUAAAUUCA